AUGGCUCUGCAGGCGGUGAAUGGGAGCGGGCUGGAGGUGUCGGCGGGAUGUGCGGAGCAGGGGAACCUCAGCCUGGGAGUCAACAUCAGCUGCAGCAACAGCUCCAACCUCCCGAGACCGAUCACCAGAGUCAGAGAGAUGGACUCGCUGCGCAUCCUGCUCUAUGUGCUCAUCUUCCUGCUCAGCGUCUUCGGCAACCUGCUGAUCAUUGUGGUCCUGGUGCUGAACAAGCGCAUGCGCACCGUCACCAACUCCUUCCUGCUGUCGCUGGCGGUCAGUGACCUGAUGAUGGCCAUCUUCUGCAUGCCCUUCACCCUCAUCCCCAACAUCCUAGAGGACUUCAUCUUCGGGGCCUCCAUGUGCAAGACCGUCACAUAUUUUAUGGGGAUCUCUGUCAGCAUCUCCACCUUCAGCCUUGUGGCCAUUGCCAUAGAGAGAUACAGCGCCAUCUGUAACCCGCUGAAGUCCCGCUCGUGGCAGACUCGCUCCCACGCUUACCGUGUCAUCGCCGCCACAUGGGUGGUGUCUCUCCUAGUCAUGGUGCCGUAUCCGGUGUUCAGCAACAUUAGGACUUUCCCCAAGGCCAACGGCACCAUCGGUCACAUGUGUCGCCUGGACUGGCCCAGUCAUCAAGCUGAACAGACCUGGUAUGUGCUGCUGCUGUUCACUCUGUUCUUCGUCCCUGGAGUGGUGAUGAUUAUAGCAUACGGUCUGAUCUCCAGAGAACUCUUCCGAGGCAUGCAGUUUGAAGUGGGCCAGACCACGGAGACCUCCGGCCAAAAGAACGGUGUAGGCAGGGCUGCGGCAGGGACAAACGAUGAUGAUGAUGGCUGCUACAUCCAGGUGGCUAAAAAACCCUCCUCUGCUGUGGAGCUCCCCACACUCUCUGCCCCGUCUGCUGCCGCCCAGGCCAAGCGCGAGCGGGCCCGCAGUAAUACCUCGGAGGCCAAACUGCAGGCCAAGAAGCGAGUCAUCCGCAUGCUGAUGGUAAUCGUAGCACUCUUCUUCAUCUGUUGGAUGCCUCUGUACUCAGCUAACACCUGGAAAGCCUUUGACCUGAGGUCAGCCGCCAGAGCCCUCUCAGGAGCACCCAUCUCUUUCAUCCACCUGCUCUCCUACUCCUCUGCCUGCGUCAACCCCAUCAUUUACUGCUUCAUGAACACACGCUUCCGCAAGGCCCUGGGUUCCACCUUCGCCUGCUGCUGCAGCAAUCGCCUCUGCCGCAAAUGCUCCUGCUGCAGGAAGAGAGAAACAGGAGAAGACGGCCUCACCGCCACCUCCAUGGCCACGACGAUGGCCACCUCCAUGUCCAAGAUCAGCUACACCACCGUCAGCACCACCGGGACCUGAUGAAUGAGCCUGGAUGAGAGCUGGCUGUCACAACAGUGGUUGUCGGACAGCGGUUACUGCGUGCACCAUCUGUUCUUUCAAUCUCCCGUUCAAGUUCCUGUUCUCAUUCUUCAUAUUACUAUGUUCAGAGUCAUGCGCCGAGUAAUAUCCCUUCCCUCAUUCAUGAGAUGGUUUUUAAAGGUCUUGCGGGCAGGGAGGCGGGGAGGCGCUCUUCUCUUAAAUUGGCAGCAUCCACUUUGUUGCACCCUGAACCGAACAUCAAGUGCCUGUGCUUUUUGUGUGGCUUUCAGCAUGGUGGGUUGUUCACUGGCUGAGACGGACAUUUGGUGGGAACGACACUGAAAAGACAAAUCCUGGGUACAUAGAAACACUGUCUUUAUGUUCUGACUGUGCCAAAGGUUAUUUUCUGACAGACGGGCUGAUGAACACUGAGGAAUCAUCGACUCAGUAACAAAUCUGCUUGGAUUUCAGAUCCUUUAUGUUAAAUAUUAGCUUUUUCUUUCAUUCAUUCAGGGUAUCUAUCUCUCUCUCUCAAAUUAUUUUAUUGAACUUUGCACAGUGCGCUCUCAUAUUUUUGAACACAAAGAAAUCAUCAUUCUUGCCUACCUGUGAGAAAGUCUUUUGCUCUUAUUGUGGUAUUUUACUUUUCUUUCUGGAAAGUAUACAACAGCAAAAACAUUUAAUUUCCUGUAUUUGGGUGAUUGUGUUGGCCUCUUACUAAUGCCGGGAUGUUUGGACCCUUGUACGGAACCUCUUUGUGAUUCAGGGGAAACAUCUCUGUGCAUCUUUACACUGUAUAAUCAUCUUGAAGAUAAACAUCCUGGCAGACGUAAAAUAAGAAUGUCAGGUUUAGAGAACCAGGCAAUUUUUCUUGUGCUGAUCCACCCUGUGUGGAUUUUAAAUCUCCUGCCCUUGCCUGCUACAAAGAGUGUUUGAAUGCUGAUGCAGACAUUAAUAUUCAUAAUCCUUAUUAAUGUGUCAAUUAGCAGUAAAAUGUGCACAUAAUCCACUCAUUAAGAGCUGAUUGUACCUGCUUGCUGAUCCAGUCUGCCCCUUCUGCCGAUGACACAGGAAAGUGCUCCGGUCAAACACACCUUUUCUGCUCCAUUAUCUUUGUCUUUGUACUCUCUGCCUUCCACUGCAGCGCUGCCAAUUAUCCAAGCAUUACCUGAGUACAAAGCCCCUGUAUCCAGGCUUAGACUAACGAGGUGUUCCUCAGGGGCCUUCUCCCGCAGAGCCAACCUCAUGGCUUUGCCUUUGUUAAGCUGACAGCAAAUGUCUCCCCUCCCUCCCUAUCUGAGCCCCUUCAAUUCGUUAAUACAGUAAUAACAACCCUGAUUGAUAAAGAACCUUUACACAAAGCACGUAGCUAAAAGGGGAACCGGGAGAAUCAGACAAAAGAAGACGGUGAUGCAAAAACAGAAUGAAAGCAAACUUCUGAAUUAUAAAUUGAUAAUCAAAUCUUCCAUCAGGAAAAAACAACAUUCCCUGUUUUGUGUUUAGCCAUUUCACACAGGGACAGUGAAACCAGGGGAACCGACUUGUGACCAUGCCAAGAAAUUUAUCGAAAAAUUACGCAGGACGAGGCUGAAAAUCGAUGCAGCUCUCCAAAAUGAGUCAAAUCAAAUCACUGUCUGUAUGCCUGGCUUUAGCUUGCGGCUAGUUUCCUGAUAUACAUUCAUUUGAUAGUUUAUUAGGAACACGGUCAUGUUCAGUUAAUUCAACUGGUCAAUUUUGAGGAUGUAGUUGGUGGUGCUAUUUAAACGUUCUGCAUUAUACAGACAUGCAUUUCUGUUUGAUAGCGUUUUAAAUAAUUUAUGUAAAUCUCAUACAUAUUUUUGCCAGAGCUGCACGGCCCAUUAGGAAUAAAACCCAGAUAAGUAAUAACUCAAGUUUCCCUUUAAAUGCCUCUUGAAACAUACAUACAGCAGUUUUUAUUUAUUAAAGAGUUGUAGAUAGGAUGACAAAUAUUGAAUUAUGCCAAAGAAUGUUCACAUGAUAUUGUUACAGUGAAUAACUUUAAAUCAUCCACAUUUUACCAUUGGCAUCUGCAGCAGAAAAAUGUCCUGGAUUUGUUUUAAGCAGUGUGAUGUAAUACUUUUAUUCUGCAUACGUUGGAUAAAAGUAUUACUUUGAAAGCUUAGUGCUGCAUCCCCAACCACUUUUAAGUUUGUUCCUCUUUUCAUGUUCUCCCUUCGCCCAGCACUCCCCCAUCCCUGCACCACCACCCUUUCAUCCUUUUUGCUGCGGAGGCGUGUAUGAAUACAUGAAUGACAAUAGCGUGUGGGUGACAGCGAAGAUUUGCAGAUGCAGGCACUGUCUGAGAGCAGUUUACAGGCGGCAGCAUAGGAGGUGGCAAGUUCGUCUCACAGACGGACAGUUGGCCCACAAAAGAUCCCGGACUGGGCCCCCCAUGUAAACACUCUGGCAGCUUCCAGACGAUGAUUGAUAUCAUGCCUUUGCCAGCGCUUGGUGCUAAACCUUUGAAUUUAUGGCCUGAAGGUGUUUUUUUAUUCUGUGUCCUGUAGAUUUACAUCUUCACAGAAUAAAUCUCAGUCUCUGCUCAAGUGCAUUAAGAAUUAACAGUGCAAAAACGUAGCCCUGCUGAAGUUCUGGUAAAAGCCUCCCAGAGAGACUGAGACCUGCUCUUAAAGAUGAACUGUUUUUAUUGAAUUUUAUAUCUUUUCUGCUGUUCAACUCACCAGGUUAAGACUUGCAUUAUUGAAAUGAGCAAAGCACCCACUCCCAGCGCAGCUACUUUGCUUUACUUUAAUGCGUUGGCCCCCUGUUUCGGAGGCCGUAGUAAUGAUGCCGCUGCUGGGGCUGAUGUCUCCUUCCUCGCUUGAAUUCCCUCUGUUAUGUGGCCAAAAUGGCGUGAGGGUGAGAAUUUGUAUCCAGCUUUCCAAUUUAAACUUUGUGCUAUCAUGCACUCCAAAGCAAGUGUAAAUAGGGGAAGUGCACGAAUUGAGACGCAGCAGAUGUAUCCUGAAACAAACAGCGGGCUGCAAAACAAACAUUAAUGUUGCAAGUUAGCAUUCUCUUAAAAAACUAGUUAAAUGCUAUUUCAGGGGUGAGAAACCUACUUCUGACCCUGUCCCCAGACAAUACCUGAUGCAAAUUGAAAUUGUAAUGAGAUGGAGGCAAGGCACAGUGCACACAGUUGGUUUCCUCCUUGUCUCUACCUCCCUCAAUAAGAACCCAAUUAGGUGCCUUAGGCAGCUCAUGAGGAGGAAACCGCGCACAACACGGGAGCAUUUUCAUGAGUGCACAAAGAAAGUGAAAGCACAAAAUAUAAACUGCAGUGUCAUAGUUCAGCUUUCUGCAAACUCUGCUGCCCCUGUUGGAGCCUGCAGGUGGAUGCUGAGGGUGAGGUGGGGCUGGACAGGCAGCAGAAUUGAUGCACGGCAGCACAGGCAUUGAAGGGCAAAGAGAGAGAUGGAUAAUCUUCAUCCUGCUCAUUCUGAUUUUGCUCUUAGUUAACCUCAGAUUUGUAGGAUUCUGUUUUUAAUGACGAAUCACUCUCUCCAAGAAAUCUCAAGGUCACCUCUAGUUUCCAAAAUCCUUUCCUAAAAAGGCUAGAAGUAAUUCUUAGUUCCUUAAAAGUUGACUUUUACAAGUAACCAGAUUUUCAGCCAGCAGCCAAAUUUGACAAAGGUCUCAUCAGUAAAUUAAGAGUUAUUUCUCAAUAAUUUAUGAUGGCUUCCUGGAGGAAGGCUGCAAGUAAAAUGUGCCUCUGAUGGAUUUUUUGAUGUUGUUCCCUUGCAGAAUAAUUCAUAAUUAUAAAGAGGGAUUUUUGUAGGUUUGCCUCAGGCACAGAAUGAAAUAUUUUGUUUUGGCCCACAGGUUCUGCACCUGGGUGUUUCCAAGAUGUGAGCUGUCAAAGAAUCUGCUCUCAUCUCUUCUUUUUCAUGUUGGUCUUGUUUCUCGACGAGUUCUGUAAAAAAAAUAGGGAACGUGGUCGAUUUCUCUGCUCCUCCUCCUCUACAUUAUGGAAGAGUAUAUAAGAGCUGUUCUUUUCGAGACGCUUCUUUAAAGCCUUCUGAGGGAAAAUCGAAAGUUUAUUGUGAAUGUCAAGUUUAAGUUUCAGCUACAAACUGAGAAAUGCUGAGGUGAAGAGUAGGCGCGGAGAUGAAGUGAUGAAUUCCAUAUGUAGCUCUUUUGAGCGUUGGAAAACCUCUGAGGCUGGAGCCGUGUUUGUGCGUCUUUAUGCGCUAAAUGUUUACUGAAGCAGUCUCUAUGGGUCUGCUGACUUCUUUUAUAUUAUUUGACCACAUGUGGUGCCUGCUUGUGCUACAUUAUAAUAGCAUAAAAAUAUGUAAUUGUCCUUCUGUUGAGCCCGAGCUUGUUUAAAUGUGAGGUUAUCGAUGUUUGUGAUGUCUUGCUUUCACUGUAUCUUCUGUGAUGUAAUUAUAGUGAAGCCGUCUUGUUAUUCAUGGUUUGGUUCCUGGUGACUGGCAACACAUACGGUGUUGUUCUUGCUAAAUGUCCAUUAUUUAACACAAAAUAAAUAUUGGGGAAAACAUGUUCUGUGUGUGGGAGAACUUCAAUUUUUUUACUUUAAUUCAGUAAAAAUAGGUUUCUAGUAGGAAAUUUUACCAAACGUUGAAUGUAACCCUGAACUAGCAGCUGUCCACUGAAGUCUGCAAACACUUGUUCACCUCCAGCAGCAGAGAGCUCGACUGUGAAUAAAUAUUCAGCACUCAGACCUGAAACAAGCGCAAUGAAUAAUAAAAUAGCAACAAACAAUAGAAAGUCAGCUCACCAAGGGAAUCGCUCUGGUAGGAAUCAAAGUCCUCAGGGGAUGACAAUUCCUUUGGAACAUCAAAUCCACAGUUCCUUGGGAUGAGGACGAGGAUGAGGAUGAGGAUGAGGAUGAGGACAAGGAUGAGGAUGAGGAUGAGGACGAGGACGAGGACGAGGAUGAGGAUGAGGAUGAGGAUGAGGACGAGGACGAGGAUGAGGAUGAGGAUGAAUGCCCAGGAGUCGUCUUCAUGGCAACGCACCAGGCCACUACUUUAAUCUCAUAACAGAAAAAUGAAGAAAAAAAACACAGUUUGUGUUUCAAGCUUCAGAGACCUGGAUCCGACCCUGUGGAAAAAAAUAAACUAAACUUUUCUAAAUAUUUUACACAGUCAGAGCCCACAGUGGAACACGCCAAAUGCCUUGAAUAGUAAUGCCAGGCAGAUCUUGUAUUUCGUUUUGUAAUUGCUUUCAGUUAAAGGCUGCUGUCUGCUGCAACGUGUUUGUUUUGUGUCAUUUUAAAUCAUUGGGGGGGGUUGUAAAAUGUCAAGGUCUAUCAAUUUUGGAUGUAAUAGAAAUGACUU